UACAUCUAACCCAACCCAGCCCCAAAUCGUAGGGUUUCUAGGGUUAACCAUGGGCGUCACCAGCUGAACAAUAACCAGCUCGUGGGACCGCACCGCCGUGGGUCAACCCCAACGACUUUAUACAGUCUGUCUAUCUCCACCUCAAUCGUAUGCUUUCAAAUCCCAAUUUCAAUUCAAUUUUCCGUAUUUACGAUCGAUUUCAAACCCUAAUUCCAGUCCAUCCAGUUGCUAUUUCUCACUUUCUUCACCAGUCGUUGUCUUCUUCAACUCAACUGGAUCGAAAUCAAGUGCGAUUUUAGCGAUUUAAGAACCCUAGAUCGAUUGUUUAUGAUCGAUGGUGAAGGAGACGGAAUACUACGAUGUUCUCGGGGUUAAACCCACGGCUUCAGAAGCUGAGAUUAAGAAAGCUUAUUAUAUCAAGGCACGACAGGUCCAUCCAGAUAAAAAUCCAAAUGAUCCUCUUGCAGCCCAAAAUUUUCAGGUUUUAGGAGAAGCUUACCAAGUAUUGAGUAAUCCAGAUCAAAGACAAGCUUACGAUGCUUACGGGAAAUCAGGAAUCUCGACUGAUGCAAUCAUUGACCCUGCUGCCAUCUUUGCAAUGCUUUUCGGGAGUGAGCUAUUUGAAGACUACAUUGGCCAGCUUGCAAUGGCAUCAAUGGCUUCUUUGGAUAUUUUCACUGAAGGAGAGCAGUUUGAUCCCAAAAAGUUACAAGAAAAGAUGAGGGUUGUGCAGAAGGAACGGGAAGAAAAGUUAAUCGAAUUACUUAAAAAUCGUCUCCACGAGUACGUGCAAGGAAACAAGGAUGAUUUUAUUCAUCAUGCUGAAGCUGAAGUAUCAAGGCUCUCCAAUGCAGCUUAUGGUGUGGACAUGUUGAACACAAUCGGUUAUAUUUAUGCACGCCAGGCAGCUAAGGAGCUCGGUAAAAAGGCUAUUUAUUUAGGUCUACCGUUUAUUGCCGAAUGGUUUAGGAACAAAGGGCAUUUCAUUAAAUCACAAGUUACAGCAGCAACAGGUGCACUUGCUUUAAUUCAGCUUCAAGAGGACAUGAAAAAACAGUUAAGUGCAGAGGGGAAGUACACAGAAGAGGAACUUGAAGAAUACAUGCAGUCACACAAGAAAGUAAUGAUUGAUUCUCUUUGGAAGCUGAAUGUAGCAGAUAUUGAAUCCACACUUAUCCGUGUUUGUCAAGCGGUUCUUCAAGAUAAUACUGUGAAAAAGGAGGAACUACGUGCAAGAGCCAAAGGGUUGAGGACUCUUGGUCGGAUCUUUCAGAAGGCAAAAGCAGCCAAUGGAAAUGAAGGCGACCCAAUAUUAAACGCUGAUAUGCCUAAUCUGAAUGGUGUUGAUACCGAUCACGCUUCAAGAACUGCAGAACCAGGUCAAAGUUCUCAAACCACCAUGGCUCCACAGAGCCCAUAUGUGGAAGCGCCGCCAGAAUUAGCCGGUGUAGGAAACAUUCAUUUUCCGAUGCCAACGGCACCUCCUGGGGCCCAAAGAAACUAGUGAAGUUGCAGGGUUGAAGUGAAAUGGUAUGUUUGUAUGUAUCAUUGUGGUAAUGAUGUUGAAUUUGUUUGUAUUUGAGUGAACAAAUAUCUUUAGAAUGGUUUAUAAUUUGGGAUUAUAAGCACAUAAUGUAUUAUUGGAGUAGGAUCAUGUGCUUAUUGAUGUUAGUGAAUACUUUGAUCCCUUGUUUGGUGAGGACUAAGCAUGUUUUAUUAUGUAUUAUUGAUGUUGGUUUGAAGUUUUGUUUUA